AUGGCAGACUGGUCUCAACUCCCUAAGGACCUCCUCCACCUCAUCUCCGAAAAACUCAACUCCCAAUUCUACCAACUCCGCUUCCGCUCCGUCUGUUCGUCAUGGCGCUCCUCCACCCCCCUAAACCACCAUCACCACCUCAAUCUCCCUCCCAAAUUCCCAAAUCCCUCCAACAACGAUUCCGAUGAUCCCACCUUCCCUCUCUCCAAACGAACCCUCUUCCUCAUCUCCCCACCCCCAAAUCAACAAACCCUACAUCCAUGGUUAAUCAAAAUCGGUCCUGACUCACGUGACCAAUCUCACCUCUGGCAUCCUCUCUCACGUGACAAACAUUUCCCUCUCCAUUUCCCUAACUCCAUCGAUUUCAACCACCUCCCUGUCACCGAUCUCGGUUGCGAGUUCGUCAUCGGUAACUUCCCUUCCCAAUCUCCCUCUCUUCCUUUCCACAACAACUCACUCUACAUGGAGAAGGUUGUUGUAUUUGACGCUGACGCCGACACGUGGCAAAUCGGGAACGGGAAGGCAAAAGCAAAAGCAAAUCGGUGUUCGGUUCUUCUCACCAUUCACAUUUCUGGAAAACUCGCUGUAUUCCGAUGCGGCGAUGAACAGUGUGAUGAGCAGUGGACGAUAAUUCCUGAUAUGCUGACGCCUUAUGAUGAUGUUUGUGUUUUCAACGGCCGGCCGGUUGCAGUUGAUUGUACCGGUCGGGCUGUUGUUGUGGGAGCGGAUUUGAGUGUGGAGUUGGUGGCGGAGCCAGUGUAUGGUGGAGAUAAGAAAUUCUUGGUAGAGAGUGAAGGUGAAUUGCUGCUAGUUGAUAAAUAUUUGUCUUGUCUUGUGAAUAGUUUGAGGAAUGACGCUGACGGUGAUGAUUAUGGUGAUGGUGAUGGUUAUGAGAUUGGACAUGGUUAUGCUGAUGGUGAGUUUUGUGAGAUUGGAAGGGAGAGGGCUGUGAGGUUUCAUGUGUUUAGGCUUGAUGAGAAGGAGAAGAAGUGGGUGGAGGUGAAGAGUUUGGAGGAUAGGGUUUUGUUUUUGGGGGAAGAUUGUGCUUUUUCUGCUUCGGCUUUCGAUUUGAGGAUUGGUUAUGGGAAUUGUGUGAUAUUUAGGGAUGAUGUUUAUAGUGAUUCUCAAUCGAGUGAGCUCGGGGUUGGUGUUUUUCACUUGGGUCACUUUCGGAUUGCGCCGUUGUCUUGUUUUCCUUGUUAUUCUAUGUUUUUCUGGCCUCCUCCAGAAUGGGUCGGGUUGCGUUGA